AAUCGUAUUUCUUACUGCGGUAAUUAUAUAACCUACAUAAAAUUGGAAGAUUGGAGAAAAAUAUGUUCACAGUAAAGAAUAAUGUGAAAUCAACGUUACUUUGUGGGCCUGCAGAGUUAAGUAAAUCUUUUAUGUUCGAGGCAGCAAUUUACUGGGCCGAAGAAGGACGCCGUGUCGUUUACAUUACACCAGCACCGUUGGAGAGACUGCCGGCAGCCUGUCACGAUAGAAGUAAUCCAGCACCCGCGGCUUUCAAGCUGAUGAGAUUUAUGUACUUGAAGAACUACGAGGCACUCGCACAGCGGCUCGUUGAACUACACACCUUCGCCAGUUUACCUUCUGUACUCCUGAUUGAUGACUUCGACACCUACGUCACUGGUUACAAAGAAAGCGAGAUGACGCAAGAUAUACACAUCGCCAAAACAUGUUCUCUGAUUCUCGAUACCAUGAAUUCGUGUGCGCGAAUUCUGAAGUAUAACGUAUAUGUAUGCGCCUGGUCCUCGUCUGGGAUGAACAAUAUUUGCACAUACACGAUAUAUUUUGUGAAUAUUUGGAACGUAAUAAAUGAAAAGGAGAGUAAUACGAUAUUGUUGCAAAAGUACUCACAAGAGACUCCUACCGAACAGUGUCCGUCCUAUAGAUACUGCAAACUUGAAGAUGGAACGAGGGUAUUGAAGCAAGUUCUAUACGAAUCUAUGCAGGAUUGA